AUGUUUAUAGCCAUUAUGAAUAUUUAUGAAAUUUCUUGCUGCUUUGGUCUAAAUAAUCGGUACAAGAGACAAGGAAAUAUCACAACCUUUUGUCUCCCUGAAGAACCGCCAAAAGUAGAGAAGUCACAAGAAGAAGACAAGAAGGAACCAGAAUGUGGACAGAAUCGUACCCUGGCUGCUGCUUUCUCAGCCUCUGGCUGCCGUUUAGCUGUGUUGGAUGACUUCAAGCAACUCCAUUUGUAUGUUUUGGAGGCCAACAAUACUGGAUGGACUUUGAAGACUUCAAGAUUAAAUUUAAUAACUAAACCUCACAGGAGUGGCUGUGUGGUUGUAUUGUGA